AUGGAAAUUAACAUGAGAUUUGAAGUUGACCGACCUUCAAGUUCAAACAUUUUAAAGGAAAGGAUAGCCAUUGAAGCAGAGGAAGGAAAUAUGAAUGGUCUGAGAAAACUGGUAAAGAAAAUGAAGUCAUCCCAAAAGGACGCAUUCAAGAAGGAGUAUGGGAAUUUGUUGAGCCUGUUAGAGGUGAAGGUCCAAACAUCAGCAAUUACUACUUUAGCCCAGUACUAUGAUCCGCCACUAAGGUGUUUCACUUUUCAAGAUUUCCAAUUGGUGCCAACAGUGGAAGAAUUCGAGCAGAUUUUAAAUAUACCUCUUGAGGGAAAAGCCCCAUACAAUUACCUUGGGCAGUAUGUCCCUAUCUUGCAGCUAUCAAGGGUCAUGAAAGUACACCCUAUGAAGCUGGAGAGCAAGUUCACAAUCAAGGGCAAAGUGAGGGGCCUUCCUCAAGGAUACCUAAAGGGAUACUUGCAUCGUCUGGCUGAAGAGGAAAACUGGGAAACAUUUAUGGAUGUAUUGGCUCUUCUCCUCUAUGGUGUCAUGCUUUUUCCUAAUGUCAAGAAUUUCGUCGACUAUGCCGCCAUGAACGCAUUUGUGGGGUACAAAGAGCGCUGUGAGAAUCCAGUCACUGCCGUCCUGGCUGAAUGUAAAUCAAAUUUGAAAGGGGCAAAUGAAUGGGCACAACUUUGUGCAAGUUUAAACGAGGAUCAAAUUAAAUGGUGUGUUCCUUGGCAGCGUAGAUCACAAAUUAUAUAUCACUGCGGCAGGUACCCUAAUGUACCCCUCAUGGGUAUUAGGUGUUGUAUUAAUUACAAUCCUGUGUUAGCACAAAGGCAAUUUGGGCAUCCUAUGAGAGGAUCACCUACACCUGCGUCUCUUGCCAUAUUGCAAAUCUAUUAUGAGGAAGGAACCUUUGUUGAAGUACUUCAUCAAGUUAGGAAUGCUUGGGGCAACAUUAUUCGUGCAGAAAUGGACCCCAGACCAUGGACUAUUGAUGAAGGAAUUCCUUACAGCCAUUGGAUUGCAGAAAGGGUUAGGACAGUGAAGUUGCCUUUCGAGUUAACUUCUCCUAACCUAGAUUAUGGAAAACAAUUUCAUAAGGCUGAAAGUGAGGAAGUAAAAUUGUUGAAGGCAGAAUUCGAGCAAAUGAAACUAGAAAAUAUCAAGUUGACCAAUAAUCUUCAGAGCCUACAACAUGAUUAUGAGAAUCUUAAGCAAGAAGGUGUGGAAAACAGCGAAGCAUACGAGGAGUUGUUAAUAAGACAAAAGCAAGAGCUAGUAGCGGCCAACAUUGAGCUGACUUUGAAAGACCGGGAAUAUGGUAUAAUUGAGAUAUCAGAGCGUGUUACGAAGCAAUUGUGUGACCAAUCCCAGAGGGACAAGCAAAAAGUACUAGAGGAACUGCACAAAAUGCAUAUUAGAAUGGACGACGCCGAACAAUAG